UGGUGGAGAGCAUAAUUUAUGAUUUAACACAUAAUGCAACUUCAUAGCCAAUCCUCGCACUCGGGAGUGAAGCGUAGGCUUCUGUACCGGUGAACUUGUUUGAUUGACGUUGUGGGAGUCCGUCCAAGACCAGCGUAUGCACGCGCGCAGCGAUUUUACCGAACCGCACCGAUGAUGCAGAGGGGAUGGAGACGGUCUACGAUGAGGCACGGUGGUUAAUAACAGAGUUCUUGGUCGUUUUUUGAUUUAAACGCCAUCCUGUUUUUUCCCACUGGAUUUUGGAAGAGAGGGAGGCGAAAUGCGUUUUUGGAACGCGUCCUUUUCCGAACCUGUUCAGUCGGUUUCAAAAUGAGCAAACUGACCCAUACGCCUACAGACGAGGUUUCAUUUCAAUGCUGUGUGGGCGUCUGCAGUGUAAGAGCUUACUCUGCGGAGAGGGAGAGAGAAACAGAGAGAGGCAGUGAGUGGGGGCUUCCAGUUGUGCCGUACUGCAAUGGCAGGCUGAGAGCGGCCCCUGCUGUGUGUUAGGAGGGUGCAUCUGGAAGCGAGAGGUAUCCUUUUUUGGUCAGUGCGUCAGGACUGAGACUGUAGCAUGGGCGAUAUAACAGGAUAUGCCAUCAGAGUCUAGCGGCUGGCAGGAUUUGGACAGGAGGUUGAAGAUGAGCAAAACAUGAGUGUUUGCACACAAAUAAACUGGGUGGCUGUCUUUACCCACCAGUGAUAAUCCACAGAAGCCCUGCCUGCUCUGGGAAUCUCUACAGAGAGUGGGCAAUACAAUCUACAAACGGUCAUCCCAUUUCUACGUUGUGCAGUGUCUGGAGAUGACUACUAAGAGGAAGAUCAUCGGCCGCCUGGUGCCCUGUCGAUGCUUCCGGGGAGAGGAGGAGGUCAUCUCAGUGCUGGAUUACUCCCACUGUAGCCUGCAGCAGGUCCCGAAGGAGAUCUUUAGCUUCGAGCGCACACUAGAAGAGCUCUACCUGGAUGCCAACCAGAUUGAGGAGCUGCCUAAGCAACUCUUCAACUGUCAAGCACUCAAGAAGCUGAGCAUGCCUGACAAUGACCUCUCCAACCUGCCAACCACCAUCGCUAGCCUUGUGAAUCUGAAGGAGUUAGAUAUUAGUAAAAAUGGUAUUCAAGAGUUUCCAGACAACAUCAAGUGCUGUAAAUGUCUAUCAGUUGUGGAGGCCAGUGUAAAUCCUAUUGCCAAACUCCCAGAUGGCUUCACCCAGCUCCUCAACUUGACACAGCUCUUCUUAAACGACGCCUUUCUUGAAUACCUGCCUGCCAAUUUUGGGAGAUUGUCCAAAUUACGAAUCCUGGAGCUUCGUGAGAAUCAUCUGAAAUCUAUGCCAAAGUCAAUUCACAGGCUGUCACAACUGGAACGGUUAGACCUGGGAAGCAAUGAAUUUUCUGAACUGCCAGAAGUGCUGGAGCAGAUCCAUAGUUUAAAAGAGCUGUGGCUAGACAACAAUUCAUUACAAACCAUACCAGGGUCAAUUGGGAAAUUGAGACAGCUGCGAUAUCUGGACUUGGCCAAGAACAGGAUUGAGAGUCUAGAUGCAGAUAUCUCUGGAUGUGAGUCUUUAGAGGACCUUCUGCUCUCCUCCAACAUGCUUCAACAGUUGCCUGAUUCAAUAGGGAAGUUGAAAAAGUUGACGACAUUAAAAGUUGAUGACAACCAGCUCACCUCACUGCCUAACACCAUUGGAAGUGCACGUGGCAAAACCGGUUUAUCACUUUUAGAGGAGUUUGACUGUAGCUGUAAUGAAUUAGAAUCCCUGCCUCCCACCAUUGGCUACCUGCACAAUCUUCGGACAUUUGCAGCCGAUGAAAACUUCUUGACUGAGCUGCCCAGGGAGAUUGGAAACUGCAGGAAUGUCACGGUCAUGUCCUUGCGCUCCAAUAAGCUGGAGUUUCUGCCUGAUGAAAUUGGACAGAUGACAAAACUACGUGUUCUCAAUCUGAGUGACAAUAGGUUAAAGAAUCUUCCCUUCACGUUCGCUAAACUGAAGGAUCUUGCUGCACUCUGGUUAUCUGACAAUCAGUCCAAGGCCCUUAUCCCCCUCCAAACAGAGGCCCACCCUGAGACCAAACAGAGAGUCCUCACCAACUACAUGUUUCCUCAGCAGCCCCGGCACGAUGAGGAUUACCAGUCUGACAGUGACAGCUUUAAUCCAACCCUCUGGGAGGAGCAGAGACAGCAGAGGAUGACUGUGGCAUUUGAGUUCGAGGAUAAAAAGGAGGAGGAGGACAACUCAGGAAAAGUGAAGGUUGAGAUUAAUCUCAAGCGCUAUCCCACCCCUUACCCAGAAGACCUGAAGAACAUGGUAAAGUCAGUGCAGAACCUAGUGGGUAAAACCACUCACCCCCUCAACACUGAAAAAUGUUCUUCGGGGACCAAUAUGGAGCUUCACAGUCAAGACAAGUAUGAACACAAGUGGCCAAUUGCUCCUAAGGAGCUGACGGAACGAGAGGUGAAAGACUUCUCAAAACCACAGAUUUGCGAUCAAGGUGCCAUUCUUAACACAGCCAUUGACAUCCCAAAUCGCAAAGACAAAGAAGAUCUGACUGAGAGUUCAGAAAUUUCUUUACAUCGCGUCGUUCCCAAGCCGCAACAGCCAGAGAAUACGAGCCUGGCCGUUUCUUCCUCUUCCUGUUUCUGCCUCAUAGACUCCAUGGGAGGCUCCCCUAAUGAUAUCCGAAUAUCUGACAUGAGGCCGACUCUGGUGGAGCCGGCAAUGUACAAGCCAAAGGUUGUGUUACUGGGCAAGGAAAAAAAAGAGUCCACAGAUGAAUCUGAGGUGGAGAAAAUGCAUUGCAUGAACAACAGCGGCUCAUCUGCCACUUAUUCAGACUACUCACCGUCCCAGGGAUCAUCUGGCUCCUCCAACCCACCCGGAAAUGUCAGUAACAUGCAGAGCGCUGGGAAAGAGGGCCAGACACAGACUCACUGGACCAACAGACUGGCUCAGUCUUUCCCAAAGCCCAUCGAAACCAAACCCCUUCUCAGCCAGAGGGAAACGCCUCCUUCCAGUACACUGCAGCAGCGAGGUGAGAGGCGGCCGCUCAGCGACACCUUCGACAGCUGGAACAACGCCCCCCACUACGAUAACACAGGUUUCGUCGCAGAGGAGACGGCUCUUGACACCCCCGGCAGCAGUGCUGGAAACCCCAUGCUAGGCUCAAAGCCCCGGAGUGCCUCGACAGCACACGGGCGACGGCCUCUCAUGAGACAAGAACGCAUCGUGGGAGUUCCCUUGGAGCUCGAUCAGACACAACACACUUUCCACACAGUCCGCACCACCCCUGAAACUGAAGUGCCUGCACCCUCUAACCCGUGGCAGAACUGGACGAGGACUCCCAGUCCCUUUGAGGACAGGACGGCUUUUCCUUCCAAGCUGGAAAUUACUCCAGCGAACAGCCCCAACCCUGACCGUAAGGAUUUCGAACAGGAGAUGGGAGAACUUCCCGGUACUUUUCCCUCGACUAGAGCAUGGGGGUAUCUUGACUCCACAGACUCGGGGAUGGGACGAGGUCAUCCCAACAUUUUCGCGCACGUUCAGAGUGGAAAAGAACCGAUCAAAGGAGGCACGUUGGUAGUUAGCAAGAGCUCCGAAAGACUUUCGCCGAUGAUGAAGGAGGUAAAGGCCAAAUUUAAGAAGUCGCAGAGCAUAGAUGAAAUAGACAUGGGGUCGUACAAGGUUUACAGCAUCCCCUUGGACAGCUACAGUUCCAGCAUAGAAAAUCAAGGAAGCGUUGAUCGAUCGGACCUCUCUAUGCCCAUGGAACAGAGUAUGUCCAGGAGCCAAUCGGCUCCCAUGCUGGAUGAUGAUCUGGAUGGCUACGGUUCCAGCAAAAGCCUUCAGCAGAAGCCCGCAAUUCCAAAGAAAGUUUACCAUUUUGACCAAAGCUUCAACCCGCAGAGAGCAGACAGGAGAGUUCCUCCACCCUUCCCCAACACCCCCGAGUACAUUAACCAACCCGGCAAAACGUUGCCGAAGGAGCUCAUAAGCCCAAGAGGCUACAGGGGCUAUCAACCGAUGGACCAGAUGUUUUCAUUUCCUCAGGCCGCAGUCACCGACGAUGCUGUGAAUCACCAGCUCUCUGUUCAGCCCCAGCGCUCCAGGCCGGGCUUCCUGCGGCGGGCAGAUUCUCUGGUAAGUUCGACAGAGAUGGCGUUAUUCCGCAGAGUAGCGGAGAACCACGAGCUCCAGAUGGCAGAACACUACCAGAACAGGCCUCAACAGAUAAAGAGCAUGCUGGAACAACAAAACAGCUUGUCCAACAUGGCAGACACACAGUUCCACAAGAGGAAUGGUAGGUAUGAAGAUGAUUACUCAUCUUAUCAAGAGCCCAAAAAGCCCAUCAUGGGUUAUCCCACCAAGAGUCUGACGCAACGUCGCCCCCUGUCUGCACGGAGCUACAGCACAGAGACAUACGGGGCAUCUCAGGCAAGACCAGUGUCUGCCCGACCCACCAUGGCUGCGCUGCUCGAGAAAUUGCCUUCGGAUUAUAAUCUUAGUACAUGCACUGAGAAGAGCCCUGAAGCUGACAUGAAGAUGAGACCCGUCCCUCAGAAACCAGAGGACAUGAGUUCUAAAAUGCCAAUAGAUUGGAGACAACAGCUGCUUAGACACAUAGAAGCCAAGAGACUAGACCGGAGCGCUGUCCUUAAGCACAACACAGUAAACUUCGGCAUGCUGUACUCUGGAGGCUAUGCUGCACCGCAUGCCAGCAGAAGCAUGACAAUAAACUUUUACAAUAACACAAAGCAUGAAAACCAAACAACUCAGUGGCUACCUCUACCAAAUACUCCUUCACAACAGAGCAAUAUUUUAGAUAACGGACAAGAGGUCGUUUCCCCGAGUAGCCAGUGGGCCCCGUAUUCACUGGGACGAAGAGACGUGCCACCAGAGAGCAUGAAUAUCAUCAAAAAGCCUGGUGUUCACAAUCCCCAUCAACAACAGACUAUGAUGAUCACCUCAGCCCCCCCGCCCCACCGGACUGCCCGUGACCAGCAGUAUGAGGGGGCCAUCAACAAGGUGUCCAUCCAGCAGUACCAGUCACCCCUGCCUAUGCCCAUGCCCAUAACCACCACCAGCCCCCGGCCACAGAGUGCCCGCUGCUUCAUCCAGACUAAAGGCCAGAAGAGUAUGGAUGGCUUUCCAGAACAGCUCUGUGUGAGAAUUGAGAAGAACCCUGGCCUUGGUUUCAGUAUCUCAGGGGGUAUCAGCGGGCAGGGAAACCCCUUCAAGCCCUCGGACAUGGGUAUCUUUGUUACUAGGGUACAGCCUGAUGGACCUGCCUUCAACGUUCUUCGACCAGGGGACAAAAUUCUGAAGUGUAUCUCUGUCCUCGAGCUAGGCCUGCCCUCCCGUGCUGCCGCACCCUAUCCCUUCCCGCCUCUCUUUCCCGACUCGCUUUGUUUACCAUGUGCUUCGUUCUUACAUUGCAGGCCAACGGACAUAGUUUCUUACACAUGGAGCAUGAAACUGCUGUGUCUCUUCUGAAGAAUUUCCCGAAAACUGUGGACUUGGUAAUCUUAAGGGAGAGCACAACAUAAAUAUUUUUAUAGCUUAAAGACUUCUCGCCCGGAUGGAACACAGGAACUUGUAAAUCUUCUUUUUAUCUAGGAACAAUUUUGCCAAUUGCUGGACCAAUGGCAAUUUCCAGUGCCAAAUGUAUAAUAGAGGACAUAUCUAAUAACGUUCCAUACGGCUUAUACAUGAUACACAAACAUACAUUGGUUGAAAUCUUUGGUUGAUGUUGUUGAUAUUCUUUAUCUCAGCCUGUGGCUGUAAGUGGGUGCGUUUUUCCUGCUUAUUUAUAUGGCGUAUUAUUUUGUACCUAUUUUUCCUAGCGGCUUUUGAGUUUGAUCUUUGAGCAUGAAAGCACAUCUGCUUUAAGGACAUUUAUCCACCAUAACACUGCCUCAACUUUGUAAAUGCCUUGUGUAAAUAUAUACAUUUACAAUGAAAACGUGAACCGGGCGUAUAAUGUGAAUCAAAGAGACUGAUGAUUUUCUAACACUAUUCCAUUUUUGUAACAUUUAGAAGAUGUGAAAGUUUAUCCUUCUCACAAACAAAAAUCUAUCCCUUUUAAUCUUGCAGAAUUAAAGAGUCUGUAUUUGCACAAAUCAAAUGACGGAGAAGCCCAAGCAAUGUUCAGUUCCUUUGUUGAGUUUUAAACACCCUCUACUGGUUAGUUUAGAUAAAAUCAUGGAUUUUUGUUCUCAGAUCAGGCUGGGUUUUAUUCAUUUGCUAAAUAAUAAUCAUGUAGUUUGCUGCCAGGAAAAUUCAUGCACGUCAUUUGGCAGUUGUUUAUCACACAAGCUACUUUCAUAUCACACACUAAAACGUUGAAUUGAAAAAAGGUAAAAAGCAUUCGUUUUAUUUUUUAAAGCAUGUUUUUACUUUUAAACUUUUGUUAUUAUGCUUAUUAGGGGUCUUUGUGUUUUACAUAACCAUUAUUUUACAAGGCAUUUUAAAUCAUUAUUCUUGUUAUAAACAGUGCCAUACAGUUUUCCUGAAUAAACCCUGGACAUGUUUAAAAAUGUUGCUAAAAUGUAGCAUUUGCAGGAGAGCCCCCAAUACAUCCCUCACUAUUCAGAGCUUGUGAGAAAGAUUGGUGACUAUUAAAGAUUAUUAUAUGGAUGAUGCAAUUAAUUGUUCAAAUAUGUUGACUAUUAAAGAUUAUUAUACGGAUGAUGCAAUUAAUUGUUCAAAUAUUAUUGUGAAAGAACAUUUGAUAAUGAUUAUUUUUACUAAAUGUUUUCAGAUAAUGGUUUCUAAUAUAUUGCUAUAAUUAGCUAUGCUCAAAUGAUUAAAUUUUAUAAAUACAAAAACAAAUGUAUGGAAAGAGAGUUAGAUUGUAAGGAAAGGGAAUACUGGAACAUGUACAAUUCUUUCUUAAGUAAAUGUGAAUUUUGUGUCAUAAACGUAUAUAUGUAUAUGAAUAUACAAAUGGUCAUUUUUGUAUGUGUUUAAAGACCUAUUGAAUAUAAAAGGUAAUAUAUGGUACUAUUCAGUCUAAUUGCAGUAUUGAUGUAAAUAACUAUGAAUGGAGACAUUUAAAUUAUUCCAAUAGAUUGUGAAUGUACUUAAAGCUUUCUGCAGUAUUAAGACUUACUGAACUUGAAUGCCGUUUCAUUUUUGUGCAAAAAGUAAUUAUAUAUAGAAUAAAUUAUUCAAUUUAGUUCACAGGGAUUAGUGACAAUUUAACUUAUAAUUUAUUUGCACAUGCAAGUUUCCUCCUUCCAGUUUCUUUUCUGUAUUACCGCAAAUAUGUAAUUGACUUAUAUUCUGUGUCUAGAAUGCAUUUUGCAGAUGCUAUGUACAUAUUUAAAAUACAUUUUAGUUAAAAAACUAAAAUAACUAAAACCUGUAUAAAAAGGAGAAGAAAGUCCAAUGCUGUUCCGCUAAUAUUGGAGCCAUUUUCGGCUUUGGAGUACAGAAUUUUUCAGUAUCUAAGAGUUGUUUUGAAUAAUGUAUCAAAGUCUUUAUUGUACAAAUAAUAAAAACGUCACUAUUGUUACAACGUCUUUUUGUGGUAUUUCAUAGAUACACAAUACAUAUGCGUAACCAAAACAUAUUUUUUAUGUUGUAUCACCACAUUUAUAUAUACACUAUCAUUUUGCAUUAUUUAUAGUGCCUUCAUACUGGACAAUACAUGUAACAUUUGAACCCAAACAUUUUGUAUUUAUUUGGUUUGUCUGUCAGUUUCAGUAAAAAGCAUGCAGACGGUUGAUACUGUAUAUAAAAAUGCCAUUACAAAACGUAUGAUGUUCAGUUAUCAAUGUUAAGACCAGAGUGGCAGGUAAGAGAAAAAUGGCAGGAUAUGAUUGUAAAUGGGUCACAUUAUGGUCGGUGUUUGCAGUGCAAAUCAUACCAAUUCUACCAAGAUGUACUGUAACACACUUUUGAUUCAGUGUUAUGCACAAGAUUUAGUUGUUGUGUGAUGGUGAUGAUGGAAAUGA